AUGUUCAAGGGUACGUUGAGUUGUCUCCAUACAUUGGCAUACGUGAUAGCAUUAUCGGCUUUGGCGAUAGCUGCAAAUGAUUGGAGGGAAGGGCAUCAUCACGAGGCCUUGGUCCAGAGGCGCGAGGCAUUGUCCAUAACACCGGCGACUGUGGAUUGCCGUAACGGCUGGGAGUUCUUCCGUGCCUUGGCCAACCAGAGCAUCGAGCGCCUUCAGAUCAUAUCGAACAUUCAGCUUUACGACGCGGACUGGGGCACGGGGGGGCCUCCAUUAGUUUUAGAGCGGAACGUAUCGAUCGAGGGCGCGAACAAGGAACGCGAGCACUGGUUCAUCAUCAACAUAAACUUUGUUAAGUCCAAGGUGCAGCUGAGCUACGGUAUAUGGAUGCGUUUCUACAACCUGGUGCUGGUGCACGGGGCCACGGGACCUGUCUUCCAGCACAGGGCAGAACCAGUGAUGCCUUUUCGCAUGUUGCCUUCCAUUACGCGUCUUACUCGCCGGCGAAGUGCCCGGCAACCGCCGGUUGCUCCGCGAGCCAAGGCUUCCCUUGUGCAGCAGGUGCCCGGUCUGGACAUGGUGGCAGCCACCAACAUUACCAACGGCCAGAAAACCCCUGCUGUGCCGGGCGUGCUCCUGCAGAGCGUGGGCCUUUUCCAACGUACAUGCCUCCCCAUACCUGAGUCCCGCAAGCUGCUAGUCAACACUACGCGGCCUGACAUGGUCCCGGGGAAUCAGAGCUUCCACUUAAACCUGCCCCAGGACGGCUGCGAGGACAGCUGCACAGCGCACCCCCUGCGCCGUUGCUGGCCCCUGAUCGGAAAAUACGAUGACAUGGCCACUCAAGCCUACUACCUGGAUACCUCUAGCGGCAUGCCGCGGGAGGCGGGCUACAACAUCCACAUUCUUGGGGCUGACGUGCUGUGCGCAACAGUCAUGAAUGAGCAGUGCAUCAGCAGUGCCAACAGCUACAUCGGCUGCUUCUACCUGAUGUUCCCGCCGAACAGCACAGCAACCCUGCCGGGGUCUAACUUCCCCGUGCCGUGCACGGCGGGCCCUCCACCUUCACAAGCCUCGGGCAGCAUUAACAAGGCGCUGCUGGGGGCCGUUUUGGGUGGCGUGCUGGGAGGUAUCGCGUUUCUGGCUGCCGCUAGUGGCAUUGCUGUGUUGGCGUACCGAUGCCGGCAGCCCGCCGCGUGUGGCCAAGACGAAGGGGUGACGCGACCAAGGGGUGCUGUCAUGUGCGUCGACUCAGUCACUGCAAUGAUCGCCAGUGGAGGCAAAAUGAAGUCGAUUGCGCCCCGAGGAUUGCAUCCCCCUCGGCCGGGCCGGAUGUCCUGCUGGCCGAGCUUGUUGUUUGAACGAAGAGAGGGUUACGACGAACAUCUAUAUGCCAUGAUGGUUAACUGCUGAAGGUGUGUGUAGUGCUCUAACUGUCAAGUUGGCUAUGGGGUGUCAAGCUCGGAGUGUGGAAGGCAGGAAGGAUGAAUGGAUGGGUGGAUAAAUGGAUGAGGAGUCGGUGGGCACUCCAAAGCGAGCAGCAGAAUCUGCGUGCUGCUGGUGCGGCGACAGCUUGUGCGGACUUCUUAUCACCCAAGUCUAUACUACAAUUUCGCAUCACAGAAGUUGAAGUAGUCCAAGCAAUGCGUUCAAUACAACAGUUAUCGGAGGAUGCCUUAAGAACCUGUACGGUAAGUCACCCAUGUACGGUAAGUCACCCAUGCAUAACAAAACAUCAUGUGAUUAACUUGGACUGAAGGGAUACGUACAUGUUUAGGGUGUUAUAAACCACUCCAAGUACCCAGAUUCAUGCGCAACUAACUGCCAACUGGUUGGCACUGCUGUAUGUGUGUUGGGACAUUGUGGCGACCAGCAAAC